GGAAGUCAUAGUCUCAGUUGCACUCAGCCAAUCUAGAUUUUGGUAAUCAUGCGCUCCAUAGCUUUUGCCGUUUUGAUCUUCGCCGGAAUCCUGGCUUAUGGCAAUGCAGCUCCUCAGUUGAAUUUGGCCUGGCUGACGGGACUUUUGGCCGAGGCUGGUGAUAGGAAUACGACGGUUCGAUUUGGAAACAAUACGGUGAUCAUUACGGGUGUGGCGAAUGCAAAUGCCAACACCAACGAGGAACACCAUCGUCGUCGUCCACCACCUCCUCCACCGCCACCAAACCAAUUUUACCAAGGUUAUGAAGUAGGCUAUGACCAAGGAUACUACCAGGGAUACAACCCAUGGAACUACUACAACGGAUUUUACCGUAUGGAUCCUGCUGUAAAUGGAACCGUUUUAGAAGAAUCCCAUGAAAUUUCCGAUGAAGUUUCGCAUGACCUAGAUGACGAAGAAUCCCUUGAGGAUCAGACGCAGGAGGAUCCAACUGAAGAAGACGCUGAUGAGACCGAGGCUGAUUACUCAGAGGAUCAACUCGAUGAGGAGGAAGAAGAUCAGCUGGACAAGGAAGAGGACGAUCAGGAUCCUUCACAGGAGGAAGCCGAUGAGGAAACUGAAAAUGAGGAAGAACAACUCGAUCCCGAGGAAGUAGCAGCUGACAAGGAAUUGGACGACUUCGAGAAAGAAAUUAUCGCUGAAGAAGCCAAAACAAUGAUUUACUAAUCUCACACUCACUUAGAAACAUUUCAUUACCAACAGAAACCUGUAUCAUGAACAUUAUUUCAUAUUUUUGGGAUCAUUCAUAAAUAAAAAAAGUUUAUACAAAAAAAAA